AUGUCGGAUGCGGAAGCAAUCAUGGAACUUGGUGGCAAGGACUUCGAGGUCGCCCGGUGGAUGACGUCCUUCGCCUGGCCCUACGAAGACGGCUCGGCGGAGGCUUUCCUGAAAACCGUCGUCGGCAAGAACCCUCUGGAAACCGAGGCGGUGUUCGCGAUCACGCUUGGUGGCAUUUUCAUAGGGAUCGCGGCGGUCGAAGCGCCGGGUGAUCUGGCGGAUCUGUCGGAUCAUCCCACCAUCGGGUACUGGAUCGGCCGGGCGUUCCAGGGGCACGGUUAUGCCAGCGAAGCGGUGGAAGCGAUCAUCGACUGGGCGUUUUCCGCAUAUGGAACCGACGCCAUAGCGGCCCGCGCCUUUGAGGACAACUUCCGCUCCAGGGGCCUUCUGCGCAAGCUCGGGUUCAAGCCCUACAGCAUCACCGAACGGUUCUCCAAGGCGCUUGACAGAAGGGUCUCCAACGUUGUCGUGCGCGCGGAAGGAAGCCGCAUGAGCAAGCCGGUCAUCAGGACAAGCCGACUGGUUCUCCGGGCGCCGAACCCGGAGGAUCUUGACCGGUGUGCUGUUCUUCUCGGCGACUAUGAAGUUGCCAAGAUGUUGUCGCGCGUACCGUACCCUUAUGAUCUCGAACUGGGGCGGCAGCAUCUGGCAAGAUCCGUGAAACGUUGGGAAUACAUCGUGGACGCGGAUGAACUCGGCUUUCACAUUGACCAUGAAGGCGAUUUGAUCGGAGGUGUCGGCUUCAAAAAGUUGCAGGAGACACCGGAGAUCGGCUAUUGGCUGGGGCGCCCUUAUUGGGGCAAGGGGUUCAUGAGCGAGGCUCUGGAUGCAGCUAUCGGCUGGAUGUUCGAAAACACCGGACACGAACGGCUGGCCUGUGAAGCCAUGACGGAGAACCAGGCCUCGAUCAAGGUGAUGGAAAAAGCCGGAUUUCGGCCGGUUGGCGAAGUCUACGUCCGUUCCGGCAAUGGUGGCGCCGGCUGUGUAUCGUUCCGGCGCGAGAAAUACAUCGAAUAUGGCGGUCCGGACGGUGGCGACGGCGGCAAGGGCGGUAACGUGAUCGUUGAAUGUGUCGAUGGCCUGAACACGCUGAUCGAUUACCGCUACAAGCAGCACUUCAAGGCCGAAACCGGCAUUCACGGCAUGGGGCGCAAUCGCACCGGAGCCCACGGCAAGGACGUCGUGCUGAAGGUUCCGGUCGGGACGCAGAUACUCGAAGAAGACAACGAGACGCUGAUUGCAGAUCUGACGGAACUCGGGCAACAGGUUCAUCUUCUGAAGGGCGGGAAUGGCGGCUUUGGCAACGCGCAUUUCAAAUCGUCGGUCAACCAGGCACCGCGCCGGGCCAACCCGGGCCUGGAAGGCGAGGAAAAGUGGAUCUGGUUGCGGCUGAAACUGAUCGCCGAUGCCGGGCUGGUCGGCUUGCCGAAUGCUGGCAAGUCGACAUUCCUGUCCAAGGUAUCGGCCGCCAAGCCGAAGAUUGCCGAUUAUCCCUUCACGACGAUCCAUCCCAAUCUCGGGAUCGUUCAGAUCGAUGGCAACAGCUUUGCCAUGGCGGACAUUCCGGGUCUGAUCGAAGGGGCUCACGAGGGAACCGGACUUGGCGACAGGUUUCUUGGUCACGUGGAGCGGACGCGUGUGCUUCUGCACCUGGUGGACGGUUCCGGGUUGGAGGAUCCGGGCGAAUCCUACAAGGUGGUGCGCGGCGAAUUGGAGGCCUAUGGCGGCGGGCUCGCCGAGAAGCCGGAAAUCGUCGCACUUUCGAAGUGUGACGCCCUGACGGAAGACCUGAUCGCCGAAAGGUCGGCAAGCCUGGAGGCAUCCUGUGGUCAGAAACCGUUGAUCCUGUCCUCGGCAAGCGGCCUGAACGUGGACCGGGCAUUGCGCAUGAUCGUGCGCGCGAUCGACAAGGACAAGGAGGAUGCCGCCAAUCAGGUCCCGGCUCCCGAACAGGAGGGAUGGCACCCCUGA